CAUCAAAACCCUAAGCUCUUUACUCGCUCGCACCAGCACGCAAAUCAAUUUGUGUGGGCGAUCAAAUCCGAGCGCCAGCUUUUUUCCCUUGCUGGGAAAUUUCCAGCAUUUCCCAAAGUACGACCGCGCGACGAACUCGUCUUCCUCCCCCUUUCGUCGUCCUCCUUCUUCCUUUCUUCUCUCGCAAAGUUCUGUAAGACCAGACAGACUUGCAACUCCGCUCUGCUGCACAUCAUGGCGCCCUCAAACCUCCCCGCGUCGAUGCACGCGACGUCCCAGGACAUCGAGAUGCUCCUAGCCGCGCAAUCCCACCUAGGCUCCAAGAACUUGCAGGUGCACAUGGAGCCCUACCUGUGGAAGACCCGCGCCGACGGCGUCAACGUCAUCAACAUCGGCAAGACCUGGGAGAAGAUUGUUCUGGCCGCCCGCAUCAUCGCCGCCGUCGAUAACCCCGCCGAUAUUUGUGUUAUCUCCGCUCGUCCCUACGGCCAGCGUGCCGUUCUGAAGUUCGCGGCUCACACCGGCGCCGUCGCUAUCGCCGGUCGAUUCACCCCCGGUUCCUUCACCAACUACAUCACCCGCUCCUUCAAGGAACCCCGCCUCAUCAUCGUCACCGAUCCCCGCACCGACUCGCAGGCUAUUAAAGAGGCUUCCUACGUCAACAUCCCUGUUAUCGGCCUCUGCGAUACCGACUCUCCCACCGAGUACGUCGACGUCGCCAUCCCCACCAACAACAAGGGUCGCCACGCUAUCGGCUGUGUCUGGUGGAUGUUGGCUCGAGAGGUCCUCCGCAUCCGCGGCACCAUUGCGUCCCGCGACACACCUUGGGACGUCAUGGUGGAUCUGUACUUCUACCGCGACCCUGAGGCUGAGGCCGAGGAGAAGAUCGAGGAGGAGAAGAUACCUACCGCCGAAGAAGUUGUCGCCGCUGCUGCUGAGACUGCAACCUUCGGGGGCGCCGCCCCUGCUGACUGGGAGGCUGCUCCGCCCGGCUUCGCUGCUGCCCAAGCCGGCGGCUGGGACGGCCAGAACGACGAGUGGGCUGGUGCUACGAACGCGCCGACGGCCGAAUGGGGUACUGCUGAAGCUAAGGACUCUUGGUAGGAACUGGCAGGCUCCGGUCAGCAACACACCCCUGGAGGAGAAGCGAGCGACCCGCAAGUCGACGACAUCAUCUGGUAACCCCCAUUGUCUUCCAUUCCGCACACCACCACCGCUACUAUUAAUCGCCACAACCUCUCUGUUGAAUGCUACUGCAGCCAAAAGUUUUAAAAAAAGAGCGGUAGAGUAUCGGGUCAACUUGACAGCACUAAUGAGGGAAAGAUAUCCGGACCGGGUCGGCUUGGUCGUCUCGUCUAGAGAAGAUCGCGGCCGGCAAGGUUCGGGGGAAUGCCCUGUGCAGUCAAAGGGGUGGACUUAAUCGUUAUCCCGCCCGGCUUCUCUGCCUGUAGGCUUAGCAGUAGAAAACGACAGGAAAAAGUAAAAUAAAGUACAAGAAGCAAGAUAAAGAAGAAACCGAAGAUAUCGUGAUUAACUGUGCUCGCCGCCUCUCUACAUUUAUGCUGGUUUUAUUUUUGGCAUUUACCAUCGGCGAUUGCCUAGUCCAAAUUCGACUCGUCUCGGCGUCUCGUAGGAAUUUCUUUUCCUAAACAUCCCACACCGAGCUACACCUAAUACCCUUCUACUAUUCCGCACGCGUCACGUCACCAAGCAAGCUCCAUCU